AUGAAUUCUCCUAUAUGCCCUGCUGAGAAUGUUCGCUCUAAUUAUCGUACAAGAGGUUAUCUUCCAAUAGAAAGUUAUGGAUUAGUUGGAAAUUUGAGAACAGUUGCAUUAUGUGGAACAGAUGGAUCCAUUGAUUUUAUGUGUUAUCCAAAAUUCGAUAGUCCUUCAAUUUUUGCAAGACUUUUGGAUAACCAAAAGGGAGGUCAGGCGCAUACAUAUUGUAUAUUUAUAUUUCCAACAACAGCCUAUACAAGCAAUAAACAACAAUACCUUCCAAGUUCUAAUAUUUUAACUACCCGAUUUCUCAGUGAGGAGGGUGUCAGUGUGAUUACUGAUUAUAUGCAUAUUCCAGAAAGUUAUCAUGUUCCUCUUGUAAGACCUCUGCUACCAUGGCUGGUUAGACAUGUUGAAGUAAUUCGGGGUGAAACCGCUUUUCAUCUUGAAUUGUCCCCAGCUUUCAAUUAUGCAUUGGAUUCUCAUUCUGCAGAAAUAAUUGAUAACAAAAUCUCCUCUGAGACUUCUUCUGUUGGGAGUCAAUGUGUAAAUUUUAUUUCAAAAGGUUUAAAGAUGGAUCUUCGAUAUGUUGCAAAAAGUGGUGAAGGUGCUGCUCCACAUAUUGAAUUCAAAUUAUUGAAUCACAAGGAGCUUAAAGGUCCUUGUGUAGUUGCAGAUUUCACUUUGAAAGAAACUCAAGAAGUUAUCUUUAUUUUUCGAGAAAUCCCUGAUACAAUACAUAAUAAUAAGAUUGAAAAUGAAUGUGAUCCUAUUAUGCAUAAAUCUUUGAACCCUCCAAUUAAUUUUUCUUUAUUGAAAUCGAUGUUUCGUGAAACUUUGCAUUUUUGGCAAAAUUGGAUUGCACAAUCGUCUUAUAAAGGACGAUGGAGAGAAUAUGUACAUCGAAGUGCUCUUACCUUAAAACUAUUAACUUAUGAACCGACUGGUGCAGUUGUCGCAGCUCCAACUUUUGGUCUUCCAGAAGCCAUUGGAAGUAAUAGGAAUUGGGAUUAUCGAUAUACAUGGGUUAGGGAUUCCGCGUUUACAGUUUAUGCUUUAAUGAGACUUGGAAUGACAGAAGAAGCGAAACACUAUAUGAAAUUCAUGGAAGAAAGAUGUGCAGAUUUGAAUCCGGAUGGAUCAUUAAAUAUCAUGUAUAGUAUUGAUGGUGAAAAACGAUUAGAUGAAAUGGAACUUAAUCAUUUAGAUGGAUAUCGAAGUUCACGUCCUGUACGUAUAGGAAAUGGUGCAUAUGAUCAUGUUCAAUUGGAUAUUUAUGGUGAAUUAUUAGAUGCCCUAUAUUUAUAUAAUAAACAUGGUAGUCCAAUCUCUUAUGAUAUGUGGGUUAGCAUACGUAAAUUAGUUAACUAUGUAUGUGAUAAUUGGAUGACUGAUGAUAUGAGUAUUUGGGAAGUCCGUGGUAAAAGAAUGAAUUUUACUUAUUCUAAAAUUAUGUGCUGGGUUGCUGUAGAUCGAGGACUUCGAUUAUCAGAAAAACGUGUAUUUCCGUGCCCAGAAAGGAAUCGAUGGUUAGAAGUUAGAGACACAAUAUAUGAAGAAAUUAUGGUCAAAGCUUGGAAUCCUAAAAGAAAAUUUUUCACACAAUCUUAUGAAGCUUUAGAUUCUUUAGAUUCUUCAGUAUUGAUUAUGCCUUUAGUAUUCUUUAUUAGUCCAAGUGAUCCAAGAUUUUUAAGUACUAUUAACCAAAUUCUGUUACCGCCUGAGAAAGGUGGACUUACAGUAAAUAAUCUUGUUUUCCGAUACAACAAUCUCACCACAGACGAUGGUUUAAGUGGAGAAGAAGGAUCAUUUUCAAUGUGUACAUAUUGGUUAAUCGAGGCAUUAACACGUGCCGGAAAAUACGAUCGAAAAUUACUAGAAAAAGCAGAAUUAAUAUUUGAACUAAUGAUUGGAUAUGGAAAUCAUUUAGGAUUGUAUAGUGAAGAAAUUGCACAUGGUGGCGAACUUUUAGGAAAUUUUCCUCAAGCUUUUACACAUAUUGCUCUUAUUAGUGCUGCAUUCAAUUUAGAUCGUGUAUUGAAUGAGCAGGAGUGGCAAGAAGCACCCAUGCCUCCUAGUUAUGGAUGUCGCAACCACAACGAUCAAGAAGAUCCUCAGAAGAACAACGAAAAGUUGUGUCUUCCUAGUUGUGGACAACGCAGUCUUCAAAAAGAACACUGCGAAGGACAUCCCGAGUGGCAAGAAGCUCCUAGUUAUGGAUGCCGCAACCACAACGAUCAAGAAGAUCCUCAGAAGGACAACGAAAAGUUGUGCCUUCCUAGUUGUGGACAACGCAGUCUUCAAAAAGAACACUUUAUGGGUGUCGCAACCACAACGAUCAAGAAGAUCCUCAGAAGAACAACGAAAAGUUGUGUCUUCCUAGUUGUGGACAACGCAGUCUUCAAAAAGUACACUGUCGAAGGACAUAUAACAAUCAAGAAGCUUCUAGUUAUGGAUGUCGCAACCACAACGAUCAAGAAGAUCCUCAGAAGAACAACGAAAAGUUGUGUCUUCCUAGUUGUGGACAACGCAGUCUUCAAAAAGAACACUGUCGAAGGACAUUCCCCUCAUACGCUAAACGAUUCAUCCAAAGAUUUAUCACAUCAAAAUAUUCAAUCAGCAGGGAAAAAAAGACCUCGCGCUGAUAUUGUGUGUGAUGAAUGUAAGAAAUCAAAAAAAAGGUGUAUAGGCUGGGAUCAAAAUGCAAUACCUUUUAUUCCAUGUAGCGGAUGUUGUAAAAAAGGUAUUGAAUGUAUCCUUCCUCCUCAUUGCAACUUAUGUCAAAAGAAACUUGAUAAUAUCUUGGUUAAAGACGAGGAUUUUGAAAAGUUAGAGGAGAUUCAAUUAUUGAAAAAUGAUAUAUUAACGAAAAACAAAUCAUUGAAAGAUGAUAUAUUAACAAAAGACGAAAAUUUGAAAAAGCUGGAAAGAGAAAUUCAAUCAUUGAAAGAUUGUAUCUUGGUUAAAGACGAGAAUUUUGAAAAGUUAGAGAAGGAGAUUCAAUUAUUGAAAAAUGAUAUAUUAACGAAGGACAAAUCGUUGAAAGAUGAUAUAUUAGCAAAAGACGAAAAUUUGAAAAAGUUGGAGAGAGAAAUUCAAUCGUUGAAAGAUUGUAUCUUGGUAAAAGAUGAAAAUUUUGAAAGGUUGAAGAAAGAGAUCCAAACGUUGAAAGAUGAAAAUUUUGAAAGGUUGAAAGAGAAUCAGUUGCUGAGAGACGAUACCUUAGAGAAAAUCAAAAUGGUUGAAGAGAGAAUUAAAUUGUUGGAAACCGAUAAUUUGAUAAAAGGUAAAGUUUAUUUCUAG